CUCGAACUCCAACACACGACCCCAGCACAAGUGACUAUGGCGUCUCCAAUCCCCUCAAUGAGCGCACUGCGCGUUCUCCGACAAUCGAUACAGCCUCAAGUACGGCAAACGAACCAAGUGCGACACGCGACGCUUCUCCGCCGACCAAAGCGACCCUACACCUUCACGCAACUCAUAACCCUCUCCGACGGCAGCUCCUUCACCCUACGGACCACGAACCCACAGCCUGUAUACCAGAGCGCAAAGGACAUACGGAACUCGCCGCUAUGGAAUCCGAGUUCACAGAAACUACUGAAUGUCGAGGAGGAUGAGGCUGGCAGAUUAGCUGCUUUCAGGACAAAGUUUGGGCGAGGAUGGGAUGCUGAUACUGAUGCCGAGAAGGGCAAGCAGGCCGAAGACCAUCUUCUAGAUCUUAUCAGCAGCCAGGGCAAGCCGCCAGGAAAACCAACCGAUGCCACCAAGACACCACCUGCGAAAGCGCCUGCAUCGACGCCUGCGAAACCAGCCGCGAAGAAAUAGAGAGUCUAUGCAGAAGGUGACGGAUGCCACAUAACAUGGCGAUAUCAUGCAGCACGCUGUAGAUAUGGACGAAGCUUCAUAGGGAGGUUCAACGACAGACGCAGACUAUCGCAGUCAUGCUAUUGUUCCUGUUUCGCUAUUAAACAGUCAGAAUGUCUCGUGAAUCGUGUUGGUGUCGCACAACGGGAAGACUCAUGGCAAAGCCAAGAUGCGCCCAUGUACUGCUCCACACUCCAGGCUCGACUCAUACAGUCAAGUAUCUUCAAAAUCCAUCCACCAGCGAACAA